AUGGCGCAUAUCAAGCCAGACCCCGACGCCAUGUACAUCAAGCCAGAUCCCGACAACAAAGACAUUGUGCUUGCGGAUAUCGAAGAUGAUGAUAUCUACGAGGAUGCGGGAGAUCUUGAUUUCUCAGCAUCGGGACAGAACGUGUGGCUCACACGGUUGCCGCAGCAGUUAUGGGACCACUGGGCGACAACAGACGAGAAUGCGGAUGAUGAUGAGGAGAUCGAAAUUGGAACGAUCAGGAUAGAAGGAGACCCUGGAGAUAUGAAGCGUGUUAGUCUACGGUUGCAUAGACGAGAAGGCAACGAAGACAUUCCCAAGGACUACACCCUACAAAAGCAGGUCAUGUCAACGAAUGCGGCACAUAUGACACAGAAUACAUUCGUUUUCACUGAAAAAGACAUCCCGGGAGCCGAAAACCGUCUGGCGAAAUUUGGCGAGAAACGUUCGGCUCUGUAUGAGUCGAUGAAACGAGAUGCACGAAGAAAACAACAAGGGAAGAAGUGGGAGCCCUACGUGCGGAAAACGGUACCUAAGCAAACGGCACUUGUGGGCCAAGUAAGCGAGGAGUUCAAUCUCUUGCCGGUCGAGAAUGAGGAACUUCGUCGCAUCUCCGAGAAAGCUGCCAUGGAGGCUUUGAAGCCGAAGGAGAAGGUUCAGUACAUUGAUGAUAUUACUCCUGACAUCACUAACGCGGCGAUUCUCCUGCCCACGAACAAGGGACACUUUGUGCAACAAAAUAAACCAACGAAGGCCAAGGCUCAAGAGAACAAAUCCACGCGUAUGCCACAGAAUGAGCUUCUGGAUCGCAUUUUCGAAUGCUUCCGAGAAUACCGUUACUGGCCUUUCAAGACGCUUAAAGCGAAGCUGCAGCAACCCGAGUCCUAUCUCAAAGAGACUCUGGAGAUGGUUGCUCACCUUGUUAAGGCGGGUGACUUUGCUAUGACAUGGGAGCUCAAACCCGAGGCUCAACCCGCCAAUUACGCCUCGGUCGCCCAUCAAAUGGUCAAAGAUGAGAAGCCCCCCGACAUGGACGACUUCGAGGACGGUUCCGAGGAAGAUUUCACCGCCUCGGGCAUGAUUACGGAUCACGAUUAG